CCGCUGAAGAAUGGAGACAACAUCUCAUUCACCACGAUAUCAAAUACCAGACAACACUGAUGACUAAUGAUGACGACGACAAAACACUAGCCCGAAGACUUUUGAAGAUACAAAUAGCUGAGAAAGAUACCGAAGCAGCCAAAAACAAGAAAGUGGCAAGGCAGAUGGCAGCUAUAACAGAGAAUGCCGUGCAGACACCACCUACAGUUCAAACUCAGGUAGUGCCAGAGAAUCAGAUUCAGAACCAAGAAAGAGGUGGAGGAAAUUUCCGGGGAAGAGGCAAAGGAAAAGUUGGCCGGUUCACUGGAUGUUACCUAUGCAGUCAGGGGGGCCAUUGGGCCAAAGAUUGUCCUCAACAACACAUGCAAUACCCACCACACGUAUUGGAAUAUACUACUACACAAUUUCAGCAGCCCCAGACUCAACAGUGUUAUCCCCAAUUUCAACACCAGCAAACGCCUGUGUAUGUUCCCACCCAAUCACAGCCACCAGCGCCAGUGUACAAUUCAGUACAGUAUCAACAGAGGGGAAGUGGAUUCCAGGAACAACCCAGAGAAGGAGGGGUGCCAAACAGGAACCAAAUGCCUCUGACAGCUUGGAGUGGUCCACACCAAUGAGGAGGCCCAGAGGAUCCAAUCACAGGUGAAGCCAUUCCAGCCCAAGAUGAACCAAUGGUCACCUGUGAGAUUGAGGGGGAGAAGAUAGAAAUGAUGGUGGAUACAGGAGCCACAGCUUCCUGCUUGACUGCAUUAAAAGGAAAACCACCUCCACUCUCAAAACACACCCUCAAAACAGUUGGAUACUCGGGACAAAUUGAUGUACAAAGAUACACAUUUCCAUUGGUCACAAAAAUUGGAAAGCAACUCCUGCAACAUCCAUUCCUCUAUGCCCCAAACUGUCCCAUAAAUUUGAUGGGAAGAGACCUGCUCGUCAAAUCAGGAGCAAGGAUAUUAUCAAAGGUGCCUACACAUCUUUGGACCACUGGAGACUAUGAUGUUGGAUUAGUGAAUCAUGAAGUCUCAGUGGAGCUAUUGGGCGACUACAAACCAUGUUGGCGCCCGCAAUACAAAUUGAAGCAAGAACAAAUAGAUGGGAUCGGGAAUACUAUUCAGGGAUUGUUGCAAGCUGGAGUAAUCAGACACACCUUCUCAAAUUGGAAUACUCCCAUCUUGCCAGUACCAAAAGCUGGCAACAAGGGAUGGAGAAUGGUCCAUGAUCUAAGAGAAAUAAACAAUGUCACUAAAACCGCUAAUAUUCCUGUCCCCGAUCCACAUGUAGCGUUGCAGAAUCUUAAUCCAGGUCACAAAUAUUUCACAGUGAUAGAUCUAGCUAAUGCAUUUUUUUGCUUGCCAUUAGAUCCAAAUGUCCAGGACAUAUUUGCAUUUACCUACCAAAGACAGAGAUACACCUACAAUCGGAUGCCACAGGGUUACAAAGACAGUCCAGGUUUAUUUAACCGUGCUUUAAAACAGGACCUCAGUGCAUUACAACUACCAGAGGGAGUGACUCUGAUACAAUAUGUCGAUGAUUUACUUCUAGCCGGACCAGAUGCAGCAACAUGUCUGGCUGUAACACAACAACUACUAAUCCUACUGGCCAAUGUAGGAUUCAAGGUGAAGAAAGAAAAAACACAGAUCGCAAGGAGAACAGUUACAUUCCUAGGAAGAAUGAUUUCCUCCAACAGCCUAACUCUGACACCAGCACAAAGAUCUUCCAUCCUCUCUCAACCAAAGCCUAAAACCGUGCAACAGAUGCUUGCAUUUCUGGGCCUAACGGGGUACAGCAGGACCUACAUACCUGACUAUGUGGAUCUCACACAACCACUGAGACACAUCAUUGCAGAAGCAGGGAACAGAAAUCUAAAAGCCACUCUCGAGUGGACAUUGUUGGCCGAAGACGCUUUCACAAAGACAAAGCAAGCCCUGAGUCAAGCGGCACACCUUGCCACUCCUGAUUAUGACAAUGAUUUUUUCCUUGAUGUUUCUGAAUCAGGUGGAAUAGUCAAUGGAGUCCUGUUUCAGAAAAAAGGGGGAGUGAGACAGGUACUGAUGUACCAUAGCUCAAAGUUGGACAAUAUAGAACUAGGCCAGACAGGAUGUGCAAGACAUCUAGCUGCACUAGCAAAAGUCAUUGAGAAAACUGCACAUGUGGUAAUGUGCCACCCAUUGAAAGUCAAUACAGCACAUGGAGUAGUCGCAUUUAUACAUUCACAAGCAUUCACAUUUUCACCAAUCAGGAAAAUCAAGAUUCAGAGUAGUCUGUUGAAACCACACAUAACGUACCAAGUAGGGUUAACAAACAUGUCUACAGGAUUGAGUACAGAUGAACACCCACCCCAUGACUGUGAAUUUGUCUCCAAAAAAGAUCUCAAGAUAAGAUUUGAUUUAGAGAUAGACGCUUUGGACAAGCCAGAUCUCACUUUAUACAGUGAUGGCUGUUGUUACAAGGGAGACGACGGAAAUGUGGCCUCCUAUGCAGUAGUCCAGCAGGAGGGAGACACGAUACAGGUCAUAGAAGCAGAAACCAUCUCCCAGCCUGCUUCGGCCCAACUGGCAGAAGUUGUGGCACUCACCAAAGCUUUGGAGCAUGCAGAGGGACAAAGAGUCAACAUCUAUACAGAUUCAGCAUAUGCCUAUGGAGCAGUGCAUAUAGACGGACCACAGUGGAUCAGAAGAGGGUUUCUAACAUCUGCUAAGACACCAGUAAAACAUGCUGAAGCGCUAAAACUCCUGCUAACAUCGGUACUAUUGCCAUCACAAGUAGCAGUAAUGAAAUGCAAAGGACAUCAAACAUUGGACAAUGCGAUAUCCAGAGGAAAUGAUGCAGCAGACAAAGCAGCAAAGCAGGCAGGAGGGUACAGCAAGCAAAUGAUAUGUACGAAGGCCAAUACUCAAGAAGAGUUAACCACCGAACACAUCAUAGACAUGCAGAAAUGGGCUGGAGUGUAUGAACAGAAUCAAUGGAGUCAGAAAGGAGCAAAAGAAGUAGAUGGCCUAUGGAGAGCCCACGAUGGCCGUUUAGUCGCACCUGCAAAGUUAUGCCACCUGCUAAUAGAGCAAUCACAUGGUCCCACUCAUGUAGGCAAAGCAAGAACAACAAAAGACAUUGAACAACAGUGGUGGCAUCCUUACAUGAAAGACAUGGUUGAAAACUUCGUAAACGACUGUGAUACUUGCAAUGCAUUUAAUGUAAGAAAGCCAUACAAAUGCCCAAUGGGAAGAUAUCCAGUCCCAGAAGCCCCAUUCAAAGACAUUUGUAUUGAUUACACAGACAUGGGAGCAGAGAAUGUAGUUAGAGGGUUUAGGUAUAUGUUGGUAAUGAUUGAUCGUUAUACCAGAUGGAUUGAAGCCAUUCCCAGUAAGAAAGAAGAUGCAAAGACAGUCAUUAAGUGGCUUAAAACAGAACUUAUACCCCGCUAUGGAGUACCAAAGAUAAUAAGGUCAGACAAUGGCUCUCAUUUCACAAGCAAACAUUUGGAGGAAGUCGAGUUAUAUUUCGGUAUAAUUCAUAAGUUUGGGUCAGCAUACCACCCACAGUCGCAGGGUAUUGUAGAAAGAGCAAACCAAACAUUGAAAGGGAAAAUUGCAAAGGUCACUUUUGGUACAAAAAUCAAAUGGGUUGAUGCUUUGCCUUUGGCACUCAUGUCAAUGAGAUCAUCUCAGGGUGCUAAAACACAUCUUUCACUCCAUGAGUUGUUGACUGGUAGGCCAAUGCCAGGUCCUCCUAGAGAAGGAGGGAGUGGCCCAGCUUUAGAUAUCAGACAAAUAGAAGUUGAUGAAUAUGUCAGGGCGCUGAGUAACAUUAUCCAAGUUUUGUCUACACAGGUUCAAAGAACUGCAGAGAAACCAGACGAAGCACCAGAAGAGACUCCGCUACAGCCAGGUGAUUGGGUGAGGUUGAAAGUUCACAAAAGAAAGUGGGCUGAACCCAGGUGGACGGGACCGUGGGAAGUUGUUGAAAGAACUUCACACGCGCUCCGGAUAAAAGGAAAAAAAGGAGCAAAUUGGCACCACCUGACACAUUGUCGCCCUACACUGGCACCUUCCAGAAAGCUCUCGGAAGUUAGGACUGAUUUGGCAGAGCUGGAACAAAACGUUAAAUAAAAAUCAGUUCAAGAAACAGAGAGAUAGAAACAGCUCGAAAGACGAAUUAUUUUUAGGUUA